AUGGCUAUCACCAAGGGUCCAGUUAAGGCGCUUAUUCUUGACUUUUCCAAUGUUCUCUGCUCGUGGAAGCCUCCCAGCAAUGUUGCGGUGCCGCCCCAGAUACUCAAAAUGAUCAUGUCCUCUGACAUAUGGCAUGACUACGAGUGCGGACGGUACUCGAGAGAGGACUGCUAUGCCAGAGUGGCAGACCGUUUUCAUAUCAGCGCCGCGGACAUGGAAGACACGCUGAAACAGGCGCGCAAGAGCCUGCAGGUUCACCAUGAGACACUGUUGUUUAUCCAGCAAGUCAAGAAGGAUGCCGGGGGCGAGUUGAUGGUGUGUGGGAUGACCAACACGCCCCGGCCAGAGCAAGACGUAAUGCAUUCAAUCAACGCGGAGUAUCCUGUGUUUGAUAGGAUAUAUAUAUCCGGUCUCAUGGGCAUGAGGAAGCCGAGCAUCUGCUUCUACCAGCGGGUGAUGGAGGAGAUUGGCCUAUCAGGCGAUGCGAUCAUGUUUAUAGAUGACAAGUUGGAGAAUGUCAUCGCCGCCCAGUCGGUAGGGAUCCGAGGCGUUCUAUUUCAGAGUCAGCAAGAUCUCCGUCGGGUUGUAUUAAAUUUCUUGGGCGAUCCGGUCCAUCGCGGCCUGCAGUUCCUAGCGGCCAAUGCGAAAAAGAUGGAUAGUGUGACCAACACCGGCGAUACUAUCCAAGAUAAUUUUGCUCAGCUCCUCAUCUUGGAGCUGGCCCAGGACAGGGAAUUGGUGAAGCUUCAGGCUGGAAAAAGGACUUGGAAUUACUUCAUAGGGCCUCCCAAGCUCACAACAGCCACGUUCCCCGAUGACAUGGACACCACAUCUAUGGCUCUCUCGGUCCUUCCUGUGGCCGAGGAUGUGGUCUCUUCUGUCCUGGAUGAGAUGCUUAAAUUCGUCACCGAUGACGGUAUCUUUAUGACUUACUUCGAUUCCUCGCGCCCUCGAGUCGACCCAGUCGUAUGUAUCAACGUCUUGGGUGUUUUCUGCAGGCAUAACCGAGAGCGAGACGUCCUUCCAACGUUCCAUUGGAUUCGAGACAUCCUGAUCAACCGGGCAUAUCUCUCGGGCACCCGAUACUACCCAUCGCCCGAUUUGUUUUUGUUUUUCCUUGCACGCCUCUGCCUGGCAGUCCGGAAUCAGAGCCUACGGGAACAACUUGUCUUGCCUCUGGUAGACCGACUGCGUGAGCGGGUGGGCGCACCUGGAGAAGCGGUCUCAUUGGCAGCGCGGAUCCUUGCCUGCCGUAGCUUUGGUAUCGACAGUGCGAGAGACAUGGACAGCUUGAGGGGAAAACAAUGCGAGGAUGGCGGCUGGCCAGUGGAGUGGGUUUACCGGUUUGCCUCUUUCGGCCUGAACGUAGGCAAUCGGGGUCUUGCUACUGCCUUCGCGGUCAGGGCGCUCGAAAGCCCCUAUGGUGAGUCGGCGGUGAAGGUUAUGAGACGCAUCGUCUGA